AUAUGAACUAAAUCCUGGAGACAAGCACAUAGGACGCAGAGGGAAAUUUAAAGUAAGGAACUGUUUGAAGUAUCUGACAUAAGAUUUCUCAGUGUUUAGUUAAGUGAAGAAUGGAGAAGCAGCAAGAAUUGGAGUGGGCUAAAGCACAGAAGAUUGCAACAAAUCUAGACCUUGUAGCUGCAGCUAAAAAGCAGUUGCGAUUCCUUGCAGAGGUUGAUAGGCAUCGUUACCUCUAUGAUGGCUCUUCCUUGGACCGGGCCAUUCACAGGUACAAGUACUGUUGGCUUCCAUUGUUAGCCAAGCAUGCUAAAUCUCCUGUUACAAAAAGCCCUUUGGUUGCCCCGCUUGAUUGUGAAUGGAUCUGGCAUUGUCACAGGCUCAAUCCGGUGUGCUACAGGAAUGACUGUAAGGAACUUUAUGGGAGGAUUCUCGGUACCUGGAAUGUUGUAUCUUCCACUCAGGCAGUUUGUAAGAAGCAAACUGAAGAAUUCUGGAAUAGAACCUAUCCUACGGAACCAUAUGAACUGAAUCCAAGCACCCAGUUAGUGGAGAGUGUUGGGGACGCUAUUCUAGGAGCCCAAAAAAGCACAGAAUAUGAUCUAGUUUCAGCUGUCAAAAGGCAGAGUUCUUUCUAUUAUCAGGUAUCAAGUCCCCAUAUGAAAAAUGAUACCUUUCUUGAAGAAGCUGUAGCUAGAUACAAGGGAUUUCUGUAUUUAAUCAAGAGAAACCAGGAGAGGUCCAUCAAGCAUUUCAGUGUUCCAACUUAUGACGUUGACCUCAUCUGGCAUUCUCAUCAACUACAUCCUGUUUCUUACUGUAAAGAUCUGGUGGCAAUAAUAGGCAGGGUGCUAGAGCAUGAUGACACUGAUUCUGAUAGAAGUAAAGGUAAAAGGCUGGAUACCGGGUUUUCUGGGACCACUAAGCUGUGGGAGGAGACAUUCGGUUCAAGAUACUGGAAGGCAGGAGCUAUGCAUAGAGGCGAUGCUCCAUCUCCUCUCAAAAUCAGUUUGGGUGAACUAGACACUUCAAAUAAGAACGAUACUGCUUCCAAUCAAUAUCAAAGUAUCAUUCAGCUUCCAAAGAAAAAGCUGAUUGAGGUUAUGGUGGAAAUUGUGGAGGUUAGAGACUUACCAGCUGAGCAUAACGGAGGCCUUUCUGUAAUACUUGGUAAGAAACAGCCAGAUUUGUAUUUCAAUGGCAGGAGAAUGAGCAUCUUGUCCAAGGCAAGGAAGAAAGAUGUCGCUGUUUUCCAGUGUGAACCCACAGGAGAGCUCAUCUUCAAACUUGUGUCCUAUCCAUCUUCUGUUUCACAUAAUGCAAGGCCUGAGAAAAUAUUGGGGACAGCAUUAAUCUCUCUACAUGACCUCAUGAAAACAGGUUCUCCUUUGUCAAUUGAAAAAUGGUUUGCAUUGGUGCCAAAUUCUGGGAUUGUAGGUUCCAAGCCAGUCAAUCUCUGGAUUGCUCUCUCUUUCACUCCUCCAGUACAGGCACCAUCAUUGCUGCACAUGGUCCAGACUCGUCCAUGCACAACAUCUUGUUUCUUUCCCCUCUCUGGAAGUUUUCAACAAGAUGAAACUUGGACAUGCGUUGUGGAUGAGGAUGGCAACAGGAUCAUCAACCUCCAGAUGAGAUAUUCAAAGAAAGCGGAGGCCAAAGACAAAAAGGAAGUGAUCGGCAUGACCAGCUCCGGCGAAAGACUUGUUCUCGCAGAGUUUGCUGGAACAGGAUGGUCUUUGAUGAAUUCCAGCUGGUGGUUUCAACCUCAAGAAAUAAUUACUGAUGCUAGUCGGAUCUUUGAGCUCACUGGUAGCCAUAAGGUGAUCGUUUUUCCUGGUAGGAAACUGGAGUAUGAAAUCAAAUGUGAGAAGCAUAAAAGCGAACAACAUUUCUUGACAGCUGUCAAAUUUUCUGCAGAAUAUCCUCAUGGAAAAGCAGUGGCACUGUUUGAUUUGAAGUCUGCCUCUCUCAAGGUGAAUGAAGAAUGGCUUGGAUUUCCCGGGAUUUUAUUAGCUUUUCUACUCUCCGAUACUCCGAGGAAUGAGAGCAAUGGACAAUUCAAUACCGAUGGAGAGAGUGCAAAAGAAAUGGACACUGGUUCAAAGCAAUAUGCAAAUACAAGCUCUAAGGAAGACAAAACAACCAACCAAAUUCAGGACAUAGAAGAUAUUGCGAAAGCAACAACCCAAGAACCCUACAAAUCUGCUGAUGAAUGUGAUUGUGGUGUUGUGGCUCAAGUCGAGGUGAUGGGUGGAAAGGGCAGUGGAGUUGUCAAGAAUGUCACAGGUGAAGAAAACUACAGUAAUGGAUCCAAAGCAAUAAUAAACAGUGGAACAUAUUGCUCGAACUUACUUGGCCUUGUUGGUUCAGACUCUGCCAAUCAUAUAACCCAAGAGGAUGAAGCAAAGAGCGCUCAUUGUGGUGGGUGUGGCUCGUGUCAUGGUGGUUGUGGAGGGUGUGGUUCCCAGACUGACAGUUCUAUAUUCCAAGGGGAUGCAGCAAACAGCCCUCAUUGUGGUGGGUGUGGCUCGUGUCAUGGUGGUUGUGGAGGAUGUGGCUCAUGCCAUGGUAGCAGUUGCGGCCAAGAUCAGCAGUAAAUUAUCUUAGUGAUUGCUGGUCAAAAUGCAGCUGCCGCCUAUACCUAAGGACACAUUAGCUGGAUCCAAAAUAAGCACUUGAUACAUGAUAUCAUUUCACUUCAAGCACCGAAAUUAACAUAAACCAUAUAGACAAGUAAUGUACUUAAUUCUGGUGAUCUAUAUAUAAUAAUAACGCACUGCGCUUAUUUAAUUA